AAAUAGGAAGAGGAUGAUGUGGAAAUGAAGUGAUAAGCUAACAGGACGGAAUUUAGCGGACUCGGUAUCAGCGGCUGAGACUGAAUGGCAGCUCCACACAGCACGAGACAGCGCUCAGAGCUCGAGGAGAACGGUCUGGGCUCAGCGCGCGGUGUGAAGGAGAGCAGCACACAGACAGACAGCAGCAGAGUGAAGGGCCCUGGACCGAGACUGUCCAAAGUUAACCUCUUCACAUUGUUGAGUCUUUGGAUGGAACUUUUCCCCAAAAGGGAAUCUCAGAAACAGGAUAAUGGAUCUACUCGAGACACUGGUCUGGUGGUGGUUCAUGAGCAGAGAGUGCUGGGUCUGCACUGCUCUGGACCUGACCUACAUGCAGGACAGGUAGCGGUCAUCAGACAUGGACCCAGGCUAAAAGGCUGUGACCUCUACUUCUCCAGAAAGCCCUGUUCAACCUGCCUCAAGAUGAUCAUCAAUGCUGGUGUGAAUAGAAUAUCUUAUUGGCCUUCUGAUGCUGAGAUAGGCCUGCUGUCUGAUGGAAGCAGUGCUGCACAGUCCCAUCUCGAGGAGGCCACACUGGAUGCUCUAGCUGCUGAGAGAUUGAAGUCCAACAGUAGGCCUCAAAUCUGUGUGCUCCUGCAGACUCUAGCCAGCUCCAUGCUUCAAUACGUAGAGGAGAAGUCCCAGAACAGCGACUUCCUGGGGACAAUAGCAGUGGAUGGCUCUUCUGUGGACAUCUGUGACCUCUUUAGGAAGGAACGCUGGAGGAACUGGGACGACUUUUCUAGGAAGUUCCUCAUAGAGGAUGAGGUUCGGCACAGGGAGCUGCUCAGUAAGAUGGGUCUGGAGAAUUUUUGCACUGAACCGCAUUUCAGUACACUGCGGCAACACAUGAGAGACUUGAUUAAAGUUCUGGCUUGUGUGGCUGCCAGUGUUCCAGUCCUAGAACAUGAAUAUGGGUUCUAUGAGACAAAACCCACAACUACUAGUCCUAAGACAUUGCCUCAAGACGUUGUACGACACUGUAUCAUACAGGCCACGCUGCUGGCGUACAGAACAGAAGAUCCUAAAGUGGGAGUGGGCACAGUCAUUUGGGCUGAAGACAAAUGGCAGGCUGAGUGUGAUGGUACAGGUGCCAUGUACCUGGUGGGCUGUGGUUAUAAUGCCUACCCUGCAGGCUCAGAGUACGCAGAGUUCCCGCAGAUGGACACCAGGCAGGAGGAGAGGCGCCAUCGCAAGUACCGGUACAUCAUCCAUGCUGAGCAGAAUGCACUUACUUUCAGGAGCACUGAGGUGAGGGGGCAGGAGAACACAAUGCUGUUCGUGACUAAGUGUCCAUGUGAUGAAUGUGUGCCUCUAAUCAAAGGCGCAGGCAUCAAGCAGGUUUACACCGCUGACCUGGACAGUGGCAAAGACAAGCAUGACAUCUCCUACAAGCGCUUCACUCAGCUCAGCCAAGUGCAGAAGUUCAUCUGGCAGAAGUCGUCUCUGGCUAGAAAUGUUUCUGAAGAAGCUGCACCACCUUUACCAAACGGCUGCUUGAAACACAGACUACAAGAGGAAUCCGACUGCCAGUGCAGUAAGAGACUGAGAACAUGAAGAAAAUUUCACAACCAUUCCCUCCAUCCAUUGGCAACAAGACUCAAGCCAUGUUAACCUGAAAACACUUUGAGCUCUCAGAGGAAAUGACCUCAUUUAACCUUAAUACUUAACCGGCUGUUAAGUAUUAUGUUUUAGAUUCAAUGCAGAGUUUACAUCCUUAGCCUUCCAGUAAGGGUGGGUGAUAUGACAUCAUUAUUGUACUUAAUUAGGUCACAGUGUGCUUUUUCGUAUUAUCACAAAAAUUGACACAACUUCCAGAACACUGAACAACUGCUUACAUCAUUAAACAGACAGGAUUCAGACCAAUUAUUGAUAGUAUUCUGAUGACGUCACCGUCGCGCUGACACCAUUUUGGUAGGCAACUUCAAGUUAAUUCAGCGGUGCUGUGGCUGUUUGUAAUGAGAUAAUAAAGCGUAACCGACCCAGCAAAUGCAGUAACGCGCUUUUUAAAACACAUUUUAAAUUUGUAAAGCACAUUAACCAGUGUGUCUGAGUGUACUGACUUGUUUUAAUUUGAUUUGUGGUUGUAGUGAUGACAAACGGAUCUAAACGGCCGAGAUACCCCAGUGCGCUAUUAUUUUCGCGUCCCAAACCGCAAACUAACACACUAAAUUGAAUGCAAAAAUAGCACAUAUUCCAUUAGACGUGCACUCAUUAGUGAAGUAAAUGAAAUACAGAAGUGUGUGUUUUGGGACGCGGCGUUAGAUCAGCCAGUGAGAAGCGAUCAGAAGCUCCAGUGGCUCAUUCUAUAGCUUCACUGUGCUGCACAUGAACUGAUCAGUAACAGUUAAACACCUCCAAGCAAAAAUGUGAGGUAUUUGUUGAUUAAGGAUUUAUUGUGGUGAGCCGAUGUUAGUUUCUUAUUCGCCAACUUUCGACUGCACCGUUUAAGGUAGAACGGAAAAUUCAAAUGAGACGGUUGCGAACAAGAAGCUAACUUGAGCUUGAUAUAUAUGCAGGAGUUUAUUAUUUAACCUCUUAUUGACCAGGGUCAAUUGACCAAAUCGUAAAGCAAAUAAUUCAGUAACUGCAUGAAAUAAAUGUAAAUUUUAAUUUUAUUGUUUUUAAAAGCUCCCCUCAAAUUAACAGAACAUGUGU